AAGAAAGAAGAAGAAGAAGAACUCUGAGAGAGAGAGAGUAGUAAUGGUACGAGGAGGUUCAUCAUCGAAGAAAGGAGGAUCCGGAGGAGGAGACAAAGACGAUCCAGAGUCAAAACAGAGAAAGAGACUAAAAACCCUAGCUCUCGACAACAAACUCCUCUCCUCCUCUCCUUCCCGAUGCCUCUCCUCUCUCAAACCAUCGAAGCAAGUCCUGAAACACCACGGCACCGACAUCAUCCGCAAGUCUCAGCGCAAGAACCGCUUCCUCUUCUCCUUCCCCGGUCUCCUCGCUCCCAUCUCUGCCGCCACCAUCGGCGAUCUCGAUCGUCUCUCCACCAAGAACCCCGUCCUCUACCUCAACUUCCCCCAGGGUCGGAUGAAGCUUUUUGGAACGAUUCUUUAUCCGAAGAACAGAUACUUGACUCUCCAGUUCUCUAGAGGUGGCAAAAACGUCUUGUGCGAUGACUAUUUUGAUAACAUGAUUGUGUUCUCUGAGUCAUGGUGGAUUGGGACUAAAGAGGAGAACCCUGAAGAAGCUCGUCUUGAUUUCCCUAAAGAACUCUCUCAGGUUCGUUACAUUUGCAUUUUCUCAUUCUCUGCUUUUGCCUCCUUAAGAGAAACUCUCUUUGGUUGGUUUCAGGUAGAGAAAACUGAAGAGUUUGAUUUUCGAGGCGGUGCAGGAGCAGCAGCAGCUUCGGUCAAGACGACUCCUGAAACUGGUAGCCAACAACCGACGGAGACAGAGACAGACUCGCCUGAAGUUGUAAUGGAGGAGAUUUUGUCUGAUGAUGAUGGAGAGUUUAUGGACGAUAAGAUUCAAGUCACACCAGUUCAAGUGACUCCUGUUCGUCACUCUCAGAGAAAUUCUGGCAAGAAGUUCAACUUUGCAGAAACUUCUCCAGAAAACUCCUCAGGUCAAAGUGAAGGCAAUACAUCUGAUGAAGGAGAUGAGAAGCCACUGUUGGAAUCUGAUUCUCCAACAAGAGUGCUUGAGGAACCUCAAGCUGAUAUUACCACUGCAUCAACAGGCCAGUUACCUACCGAACUUCCGGCCAAAAAGGAAAAAUCAAACAGCAAAGACGGUAAGCUCGUUCAAGCUACGGUAGCCAAUCUAUUCAAGAAAGCAGAGCAGAAAACAGUUGGAACUUCGAAGGCCAAAUCAUCCUCAAAGACCGCCCAGAAGAAAUAGAGGUCUGUUGUUUCUUUUGCUGUGAGAAUGAACUGUUUUCUAGCUCUUUCAGUUAUGUUCUGUAAGAGGAAUGAGAUAUUAAUUUACUACAAGACCGAUGAUUAUGUUUCAGAAAUAAUAGGAUGUGUUCACCAAGCUUAUUAAUAGUAUGUGUUCCCCGAGUUA